AUGGCCGCUCCCACCAUGUCCACCAUGAUCGACCCGACCAAACCGGCCGAGUACCCCAUCGUGUUGGGUGAAAGGCUAGCCAAUACGGACCAGAGUCGUCUGAUCAAUGUCAACUACAAUUAUAAGACAAAAGCCGCGACACCACAGCAACGCUCGACCAUCUCCCGUUCCUCCCAGUCCAGCGAUCUCUACGACCUCUCGGUCACCGAUAAGCCUCCCAGCGCCGAUCAUACGUUGACCUAUUUAUACAAGGGCAGCGAGGACCCGGCGGCCGAGCGCAAUCUGGUGCUGGUUUUUGAUCCAGACCGAAAAGUCUUCGUUCUUGAGCCCGUGUCGACCAAGCUUAACUUCAAUCUACGGUCGGCCCCGGGCAAGUCGGAAAAGCAGGUCCUGGAACAAUACGAACAGCUACGGAUAGUAGAGGGGGAGGAACACACAACAUCUGGGGAUGACCGUAACACUGUCACCACCAGCGAGGAUGAGGGUCCGGCCGAUGAGAGUAACCCUUAUGACUUCCGACACUUCCUCCCUAAGCAGGGUGCAGAGAACAUCAAUCCGGCCUCGGGCCACUCGACGCCGGAGCCUGUCAGCACAAGCCGGGCCAACACGCCUCUUAUGACGGCAAUCAAACCGGUUGCCAAACCCAUGCCUAGGCCUAAGAAACAGGCGAAUCCGCUUCGAGAGACGAAACGUCCAGCGAAGCCACCGGCGAGUCCCAACCCACCCACACAGGCGGAGCCGCCCGCCCAGCAAUCCACUCGCGCAGACCCACCUGAGCCUGCAUAUCAUCGUGAUUCCAUUUCAGAUGCUGGCACAGCUUCACAGCAGAGUGUACACUCUCCUGACUCAAAUAUCAUUGUUGAUGGAGAUCUGAUCAUCGACAUGGGCUCGCCGCCACCAGCACGCGCAUUCAAAGUCGAUGCGUCAUUUUUCUCCUCCAACAAUACACCGAGCGAUGACCCAGAGGAUGACGGCGACGGCCACGAGGAAAUGGGAGACUUCCGACUCCCAUCUCCAGCGGGACAAACCAAACCUACGUCGGCACCCGCCACUGCCCCGGAUGGAGAUGAUAUGGACGACGAAGAUCUACUUGCAGCAGAAAUGGAAGCCGCCUUCGAAGAAAGUGCCCGAGAAGAAGAGGCGCGCAGCCAGCAAUACAGUCACGCCGCCUCGCGGUAUAAUGUGGCCAGUGACGACGAGAGCGAGGUCAGUGAGGAGGAGUAA